AUGGCCAGCCAAAGCACAGUAGAAGCGUGGCUCACAUGGGCCUUUUCGCCCUCGAUAUCAGCCAUCUUGGUCACGCUUGUGAUCAGUCUCCUCUCGCCCAUACUGAUCCAUAUCUACCUGUACCGUAAGGCGCAGUCGAAAGAAUUACCCUCAUUCCUGCUACUUGGGCCCAGUGGUGCUGGGAAAACUACCCUCCUCACGCUGUUCGCCAACGGCACCCCCUCCACCACCCAUACCAGCCAAGAACCCCAAACCGCUCUCUGCCGCUUGCCCUCCACCGUCCGAUCCUCAGAAGACCGCUACCGCUCCGAACACGAUACCUCCUCGCGCUCCCAACCCCAGUUCCUCCUCGUCGACACCCCGGGCCACGGCAAACUCCGCCACCACGCCGUCACCUCGCUAACCUCCCCGGGGUCUCUAAAAGGCCUGAUCUUCGUCGUCGACAGCGCGGCCACGAGCUCCUCGGCCGGCCUGACAGCAGCCGCAGAAUACCUUUACGACAUCCUGCUCAUCCUCCAAAAACGCCACACCCAUUCCAAAACCUCCAAAGACCCCACCGCACUCCCGGUGCUGAUCGCAGCGAACAAACAAGACGUCUUCACCUCCCUCCCCACCGGGCUGGUCAAGAGCAAGCUCGAAGAGGAGAUUGCCCGCGUGAGGCAGACGAGGAGUAAAGGCUUGCUGGAUAGUGGGAUUGGCAUGGAAGAUGCGAAUGUGGGGGAUGAGGAGGGGAAUUGGUUGGGGGAGUAUGGGGCGCGGGAAUUUGGGUUUGGGCAGAUGGAGGAGCAUGGGGUGGAUGUUCGGGUGGCAGGGGGGAAUGUGAGGGGGGAGGGGGAGGGGGAGGGGAGGGUGGAGGAGUGGUGGGGGUGGGUGGGGGAGAAUUUGUGA